CCUUCGGUCUAUUACGACCUGUGAAAGCCCCAAAAUUCUCGGCUCGACACCUACGACAGUGAUGCUCGACAGAAUAGUCGGUCCUGCGGCAUAUCUCGCUCGGAGCACUGUACAUUUCAAGCGUUACUCAACUGUUUUUGGCACUGGCACCUUUCGAUAUCAUCAAGCGCGGCACUUCUCCUUGAUACCCAUCGUGCUAGAUAAAACCACUCAUGGAGAGCGAGCAUACGACAUAUAUUCUCGGCUGUUGAAGGAUCGCAUCAUAUGCCUUAUGGGCCCCAUCAACGAUGAUCUUUCUAGCCUUGUGAUUGCGCAACUCUUGUAUCUACAGUCGGAGGACAAAAAGUUACCCAUCCAUUUGUACAUAAACAGUCCAGGGGGAGUCGUCACUGCCGGUUUGGCCAUAUAUGACACAAUGCAAUACAUUAGGCCACCUGUCGCCACGUGGUGUGUUGGUCAGGCUAGCAGCAUGGGCUCUUUACUGUUAACAGCUGGCUCACCCGGGUUGCGAUUUGCCCUGCCACAUUCGCGGAUCAUGAUACACCAGCCAUCUGGCUCUGCACAAGGUCAGGCUUCUGACAUCAAAAUUCAGGCUGAAGAGAUAUUGAAAAUGCGUAAAGUUCUGGGCAGCCUAUACGAAUCCCACACGAAACAGCCUUUCGAGGUGAUCGAGAAGUGGAUGGACCGCGACUACUUCAUGACUGCUGAUGAGGCUGCCGAAGUCGGUAUAAUUGAUCGGGUCUUGAAAGAGCCUCCCGCAACAAAGCCAGAAUAAGGCAGGCCAAUGCACCUUUCUCUGAGUCUCGCGGGCAUCACUAGGUCUACUUUGCACAGGACCGUGAACUAGAAUUCCCGUGAUAUUUGUAAAGUGUAAUUCGUGGUCGCAUUUUGUUUGUUUCGCUUCCUAGUAAACGUUAUUUUUGACCAA